AUGUCUGUGGGUAACGUCUUCGCGGCAUUCGCAAGUGGUCCGCCUCCGCCUCAAAUCUCCUCAAGAACCGAUCAUCCAGUCUCUCGUUCCAUGAUCGCAACACAAAAGAAGAAACUGCAGACAAACAAGUUCUAUGCCAAUUUCUUCUUGGGUUCUCAAUCUUCUAGCACAUUCACCCACCCUUACUCCGUAGCGUGGUCAAAGGGAUCUGGUGUGCUCAAAAGCUAUGGUCUGGCUAUCAGUCACAUCGAGAGGUCACAAUUAGCAUUUGGCCCUGGCAAUCCGGCUCGAUAUUUUAUCAACCCUAUUGGCAUACAAUCAAUCACGCUCUCUGCUUCCGAGCUGAAUACCACAACCCAACUCACAAUGGAUUCCCUAGAUGCUUUCUCUGCCAACAUCAACCUUCUGCCACGUCCAGGCGCUGCCCCGGCUAUCACUUUCCNNCCCCUGAUCCAAGGUAUGGGAUUUGUGACGGCUGUUUACAGCAGUAGUACACCACGUAUCGAGAGUGCAAUCUCAUUUACCAGUAUCACUUAUGUGGGGCGAAUGCCUUCUGGCUCGACUUACAAGUAUCAAGCGAAACUCGCCGAUGGCACAUCAUGGAAUAUCUACGUCACGACCUCUCAAGCUGGUUAUCCCGUCAAUUCAUUCACACUGACCAAUGUCCGUGUACUUCAAGGAGCUCCCAAGUUUCAAGGGUUCAUUCAAGUCGCANAAGUGCCCUCUGCUGGUGCGGAGUCAGUCUAUGACGAAGCAGCAGGCGCAUAUCCAGUUUCUGCGACAGUAUCCGGUUCUGUAGCAGGGACCGGUGGAACAUACAAGUUGACAUGGACUAAACAAGGAGUCGUCAACCGCACUUUACUUAUGUUCGCAUUGCCUCAUCAUGUGCAGAGUCUUACCUCUGGCGGUGCGACCAACAUCAAGCUUCAGACUACGACCAAGGGAAUGGCAACAGGCAUCGUUGGCGAUUCAUGGACUCUGCUCGAGCGAACUUUGCCAAUAGAUAUGGGCUUCGCGCCAUGGUCGUCCUCCACAAAAGGAGUCAGCAAGGUCUCGGCUGCAGCUGCUAGGUUAAUCAACAAAGCAGGAGAGAGUGAACUCAGUCAGGACAUGAAGAAGCAAUCGAACCUCAACUCAAUGUACUAUUCUGGAAAAGCACUUGCCAAGUUUGCAGCUAUUGUCUAUGCAGUGCAUGACAUUGGCAAUAACGCAACCCUAUCCAUCAGUGGACUUCAGAAGCUGAAAACGGCUUUCGACACAUUCGUUCGCAACGAGCAGAUUCUUCCCCUCGUAUAUGAAUCAUCAUGGGGUGGAGCUGUUUCCAGCGGCACUUACCAGACUGGAGACUCAGGCCUCGAUUUUGGUAACACGUACUACAACGAUCAUCACUUCCAUUACGGAUACUUUGUCUAUGCAGCUGCUGUGAUCGGAUACUUGGACCCUAGCUGGUUGAAUCAAGGCACGAACAAGGCAUGGGUCAACACGUUGGUCCGAGACUACUCCAACUCUGUGACCACUGAUGCAUACUUUCCUUUCUCUCGAUCGUUUGAUUGGUACGUUGAACUAAAGAACAAGAUGCCACGACUAGUGCUAGCGGUCGUCUCAACCUGCACGAGAAGUCUCUGGGCGUCUCACAGAGUUGAAAGUAUUCGUCUAGCAAAGCUGUGGCGUUCUGGCAUCCAAUCUCUAAUAUCUUGCUAA